UUCUGUUCCCACCCUCCCACUCAGUUCCCCAACAGUUUUAUAGUCUGGAAGCACUGUGGUCCUCUAUCUCUGCUCCCAGGCCUCCCAGGCCUCCCAGGCACUUGAGGAUAUGCAACUUGCCACUGCUGCUGGUGCUGGGAUGGCUGGGCACUUGCUGCUACACAGUCUGCUCCUGUCACUUCCUCUGAUUGCUGGCUGGACUGCUUCCAAUUGCCUAGUGACGGAAGGCUCCUGGCUGCCCCUGGUCUCCCGCUUCUUCCUGAACUGCCCCUUGAAUUCCAGACUGCCCCUCCUUGCUGUAUGCACCAAGGUGACCAACCUGACACAGGCCUUGGAAGCUGUGCCUCAGAGUGUGGAGGGGCUCUGUCUUGCUGGUUCCAUUUCUGUUCUGCCCCAGGAUGCCUUGUCCAACUACCCUGGACUGAAGGUUCUGGGGUUGAAUUUGCGUCUUACCCGACUCCUGCCAGGAGCUCUCCGAGGCCUGGGUCAGCUGCAGGAGCUCUCUUUUAUGGCUCCUCAGUCUAAGAACUACCUCUUCCUACACCCUAAUGCCCUUGAUGACCUGAGAUCCCUCCAAAAACUCAAUUUCUUGGGCCCUUGUCUGGACAGGAACUCGAGUAUCCAAUUGCCUACCAGUCUACGCCAGCUGGUUGUCAGGUACAGCUGCCUUCAGGAUGUGGGGGAACUGGAUGACAUCUUCCCAGAUCUGGCUCAUAGUCCCUUCUCUGGGGAUGCCCGGACCCUGGAUGUAUUGGAUCUAUCAUUCAACUGGCAGCUGAAGAUGGCCAGUCCUGGGGCCCUCCAGGGCCUCAGGCUGGGGACUUUGCAUCUGGAUCACACAAAGAUGGAUGCAGCUGCAGUGUUGAGUCUGGGACUGCAGAAGCUCAAGAGUCUGUCGGUGUUAUUCACUGUCACGGCUGAGCUGCCUGCUGAGACAGUGGCUCACUUUGAGCUGCAGGAACUGCAGGUGGGAAACAAACAGAUAGGGCACAUAACUCUGGAAGCCCUGGCUUUCUGCCACAGCUUGCAGAGUUUAGUUCUUCAGAACGGUGGCCUAACUGAUCUGCCACCAAAUUUCCUGGCUGCCAUGCCCAGGCUUCAGAGAUUGAACCUGGCUGGAAACCAACUGCAGAGGGUCAGGCUGUGCAUGAAUGAGACAGGAUUUGUGUCAGGACUGUGGACCCUGAAUCUGUCUGACAAUGGGCUGCUCGCCUUGUCCCCAGCCACCUUCUCUUGUUUGUCCCACCUGCGGGAGCUGCUACUUCAGAGAAACCAGCUGGUGAGCUUGGAGGGCGAGGUAUUCCAGGACCUAUGGAGGCUGGAGAUCUUGGACUUGAGUAGAAAUCCACUGGUAAACCUGGGUGGGGGCUGGCUGGCUCCUCUGCCUUCACUGACCACUCUAAACCUUCUCAACACCCACAUAUUGUUUAGGCCAACCUGGGGCUUCUGGGGCCCAGAGAGUUUGCACCACUUGAGACUGCAGCUCCCCUCUGCCCCUGCUGGGGUAGCAUUGUCCCUGCCUGAAAGGCUGACCAGCUUGGAGCUUCAGGCAGUCCCAGGCAUGAAGCACCGGAAGCUGUUUCCUAAUGUCUUUCCAAUCUUACAGACUCUGACUUUAGAUGGCUGGGGACUGCACCUGGAGACCCAGAACAUCUCGGAAAUCUUCCCGGCCCUUCGUCAACUCACCCUUCUUGGCAGUAGCCUGGAGGCCCUCUGCUCUCAGGACACCUCCAGCUUCUUCCUCUGGCAGCUUCCCGGGCUCCAGUCCCUGAAGGUACGCGGAGAUGGGCACAGCCCCAGGCCCUGCUGCAUUACAGGGCUGCCCAACCUCCAGGAGCUGAAGCUGGAUGCCUUGAAGUACAGAGCUCGGCCCCGCCCAGUGCAGCUCCAGGAGCUGGUGGGUGAGCUGCCACGGCUCCGGGUGCUGCAGCUGGCCAGAACAGGGUUGGAGACACUGUCUGCUGCCGCUUUCCAGGGCUUAGGCAGUCUCCAGGUCUUAGUGCUAGACUGGGAGAAAGGCCUUGUGCUGGAUGGUGGUCUACAGGAGCUGAGUCCUCAGAUGCCCCAAUAUGUGUACAUUCUGACUUCGUCCUUGGCCUGCCAGUGUGCCAAUGCAUGGCUGGAGCCCUGGUUUGAAGGGUCCCCCAGAACAUACAUGUGGGUACAACCACCACAGCUGUGCCCGGCAGAAUCAGGGGGUGGCUCCAAGCAUCCUCUUUUCCCCUUUCUCUUGAACCACUGCCAGGAGGCCUUGGAGUUGGAACUCUUUUUGGGCAGCUGCGCCUUGCUGCUUCUUCUGAUCUCUUUGCCCCUUCUACAGGAAGCCAGGAACUCCUGGGUCCUCUAUCUCCAGGCCCUGCUCAGGGCUUGGUUCCAGGGCCUGAGGGGUCAGAAGAAUGAGGGCAAGAAUUUCCUCUAUGAUGUGUUCGUGUCUCACUGUAGGCAAGAUCAGGGCUGGGUGGUGCAGGAGCUGCUGCCUGCCCUAGAGGGCUGCCCUCCGGAGGGCCAGGGCCUGCGUCUUUGCCUCCCCGAGCGCGAUUUUGAGCCAGGCAAGGAUGUGGUCGACAAUGUGGCAGACAGCAUGGCCAGCAGCCCAAUCACACUCUGUGCGCUGAGUCACCGGGCCCUACGUACACCUCGCUGCCGUCUGGAGCUCCGCUUGGCCACUUCACUCCUGUUGGCUGCCCCUCACCCCCCAGUGCUGCUGCUGAUCUUCCUGGAGCCCGUCUCCCGCCACCAGCUCCCCCGCUACCAUAGACUGGCCCGGCUGCUCCGCCGAGGAGACUAUUGCGUAUGGCCCAAAGAAGAUGAAGGAAAGGACAGCUUCUGGGCUUGGUUGAGGGGCAGGCUGGGGCAGCCCCGGUGCAGGUAGAACGGGGGCCUGUUUUAGGGCAGAGGUAGGGAAGGCAAGCCGCCUUGCAGGGAGAGAGUGAUAUAUGGGGCCGUGAAUCUGAACCCAGCUUCCAGUGGGAUGGGGCUCUGCAGGCACCAGGAGGACCAAAUGUUGGCAACCCAGACUUCGGGAGCUUCUGGAGGCCGAAGGAGAAUAUCUGGAAAAUGGCAGGUGGCCUUGCUGUUUGUGAUGUGAUUUCAACAUCUCCAAAUCCUCCAGUAAAUUUACCAAGUCCAUGAAAUACUUGACUUGAUUUUUAUUUAUUUAUUUAUUUAUUUUUAAAUGAAAACCCACAUGGGGCAGAAGGCAAAGGAACUUGAGUCACAGAGACUGCAGCACAAAGAAAAUAAGGCUGGGAUUUUAUGAAGCAUGCAGGGAAGGAGGGAGGGCUCUGGACAUUCUGAAACUGUGGAAUCUGGGACUAGGCUAAGUUCAAUCAGAUCUUCAAGGGGCACAAGGCCUCUUUUGCCACCUGGGAUUAUAGAGGGAUUGGUAGCUGAGGACUAAAAGCUGGGACACUGCCUAGGAGGCCACAGACUGCUUGCCUGUUCCCUCCUUGAAAAUAUGAAGUCGUGUUCAAAUCUUUUGAGUAUCCGAGUACCACUCACUGUGCUUAACUAAGAUAACCCACCUGUGACUCCCAGAAUAACAUGUGCUCUUGCCUCUGGGCUUUUGCACCUACUGCUCUUUACUGAAGAACACCUUUUCCCUGGGGACCUCCAAAGCAUUUUGUUUUUUGAUUACACUUUUUUUUAUACCUGUAUUUUAUUUUUUUAAUGUGGUACUGAGGAUCAAACCCACAGUGCCUCAUGACUGCUAGGCAAGUGCUCUACCACUGAGCCACAAACCCAGCCCUUUUUCCUAAGCAUUCGUUUAGUUUCAUCUCAGGUAUUAUUUUCUCUGGAAGCCUUCAGAGACCUCCCACCUGGGUAAGCUGUUGCUUCUGGGCUCUCAUAACUUCCUGUACCUCUCUGUCUCAGAGGACAGACUGCAGACCUGGGAGCCCCUAGAGCAGUGUCUCCAAAGUGGGGUGUACAAGAUGACCUAUUGGGCUUUGGAAAGAAAAUGUUAUAACUUCUAUUUAUCUUUAUUUUUUUUUCUCACUUUAUUCUAAAGCUAGAUGCCCUGCUUUUCAACCAGGAGGCUUUGGUGUGUUACUUAACCUCUCUGUACCACAGUUUCAAAUUCUGUAUUAUGGAAUAGCAUUACACCCUCUAUCAAAGGGUUUUGUGAGAAUUAAAUGAGUUAAUAUGUCUGAAACACUGAGACCAGGACCUAAUCAUGCAUUACAAAUAUUCUAUAGAAGAUAUUAUUACAUGUGUAUCUUUUAUAAAUAAAUAUACAUACCUUGGAAA